GAAAUAAAAAUUCUCAAAUAAAAUCUAGUUAAAUAUCUUCUAAACACAAUAUCUAUUAUUGUUCCAUAUCUCGUUGUACUUAUGUUUUCAUCGUUUGUUUUAUUAACGUCAAAUUUUGUUAGUUCAGAUCAGAUGUUUAUAUAACAGUUAGUUCAUACCUCGUAUUUCGGCAAAGCUGCCUAUACUACUUUGAAUGCACGUGGAAAACAUAAACAGGCGUGACGCGAUAAGAAAGUUUUUUAUCCGUUCAAAACAUACAUCCAUAGCCUGCCGAAAGAAGUAGUCACUUCAACAAGGAGCGACAGUUACCUCUCACUAGCACACCUGGAUAGCCACUGAACGGAGAAAUGCACUCCCAUCUAGAUGGCCGCGAUAGGCCCGCCCCUAGUAGCUACAGAGCGAACAAAGCGUGAUGCGUGACGUUCCGUGACGCGAAACAAAAGUUUUUCCUCCGUACAAAACAUACAUCCAUACCUCGCCAAAAGAAAUUAGUCACUUCAAUUAACAUAUUCACUGACAGCUUUAAAGCCGUUUUUCAGUUAUUUAUUCAUAUUUAACUCCAAAUAUGUCUGUAACUGUUAACAGGUUUUAUCUUCUCUUGAUAUCAACGCAGUCACUGUUUGUUGCGUUCCAGGCCAUAAGAAAAUCGGGGGAGACGAAGGGAGUAGAUAUUCGAAAACUUAGGAUUGCUUUGAAACAUAGCACGUAUUAGAGAUUUUAGUUGUCUUUGUCAAUUUGACCAUGUACGGGGAGUUUCUUCCAGAAGAUCUGCUCGGUUAAAACCAGUGCUUUAUGGUCAUGUUGUUACUGUUAAGGUUUCUUUUCAUUUUUCUGGGGCAGACAAUCUGCUUUUUAUGCUCAAGUGAUUGGCUUGUCAUCAGAAGAAGAAGAAGCAGUUGAUUGAUUCUACUUUUAAAUAUGUUCAGCCGCCCAGAUCUUCAUCUAUAAACUGACGAUAGUCUAAUACUCUAUAACUCCUACAGGUAUGCAGUACAUCUACAGAAUGAACCGUACAUUGCACUGUGGAGACCUGCAGGGAGUAUCUGUGCUAUAUGAGAAUGGACAUUUGGUGGGGGCAGGUCUCAUCACCUUCGGAGCUCCCAGCUAUAGAGAUGGGUACCGAGAAUGGUACGAGAACCUGUCUCUCAGAAAGUUCAAGAAAAUGGUUCGAAAUGGUCCCUUGUGCAUGGUAGACUGGUACAAGAGGUAUGGAGUGAUAUCUCUCCAUUUUUACCUGAACAGGUUUCCUAGAUUUGUUAUGUGCAGUUGGCCAUGGCAAAGAAAAAACAGGUGUAAGAGAAAUUAAAUGUUAUAAUUUAAAA